UCUCCUCGGUGCUGAAAUCGCUGCUCGUCGUGAUAAUGUGAAACGGCGAUGAGGCCAAACGGAGGAGCGUCAGUCAGUAAACACCAAAAUGGACGAUGAUCUGUUCCAACUGAGACAGCUGCCUGUUGUCCGCUUUCGUCGCACAGGUGAGAGCACACGCUCAGAGGACGAUGGCGAGAAUAGAGAACAGGUCAUCAAGAUUGCAGAGCAGACCGAUCUGGAGUCUGUUGCUCUUGCAGAUGGAGCUCCGGUUCCUCGGGAGUUUGCGAAUCCAACUGAUGACACAUUCAUGGUAGAAGAUGCCGUAGAGGCCAUAGGCUUCGGGACAUUUCAGUGGAAACUCUCCAUCCUCACUGGCUUGUCCUGGAUGGCCGAUGCUAUGGAGAUGAUGAUCCUCAGCAUCUUAGCCCCACAGCUCCACUGUGAAUGGAGACUGCCCAGCCUCGAGGUGGCAAUGCUUACAUCGGCAGUGUUUAUUGGAAUGAUGAUCAGCUCUUUUCUUUGGGGAAAUAUAGCUGACAAAUACGGCAGAAAGACAGGUCUCAAGAUGAGUGUGCUGUGGACUAUGUUCUAUGGCCUGUUGAGUGCAUUUGCACCUGUUUAUGGCUGGAUCCUCGUCCUCCGUGCACUGGUGGGCUUUGGCAUCGGAGGAGCCCCACAGUCGGUGACUCUGUAUGCUGAAUUUCUUCCUAUGAAGUCCAGAGCCACGUGUAUCUUGCUGAUUGAGAUAUUUUGGGCACUGGGCACCGUGUUUGAGGUCCUCUUAGCAAUCCUGGUGAUGCCCACUCUGGGCUGGCGUUGGCUGCUUGGCCUUUCUACCAUUCCUCUCUUCAUCUUUGCCAUCCUAUGUUUCUGGCUACCAGAGAGCGCUCGGUACGACGUGCUGACGGGGAACCAGGAAAAAGCUCUGGCCACACUGAAGCGGAUUGCGACGGAGAACGGAGCACCUAUGCCACUGGGAAAACUUAUCGCUGCCAGACAGGAAGAUCGUGGAAAGAUUCAAGACUUAUUUUCACCACACUUUCGAUGGACUACAGUUCUGCUGUGGUUUAUUUGGUUCGCCAACGCCUUCUCUUACUACGGACUGGUGCUGCUCACUACGGAGCUGUUUCAGGAGGGAGGCGCGUGUGGAAUGUCCAAAGGUAAUAGGAGGGAGCUCCGAUGCAACUUGGAGUGUAAAUAUCUGAACUCUGACGACUACAAGGACCUGUUGUGGACCACCUUAUCUGAAUUCCCAGGACUGCUGGUGACACUGUGGGCCAUUGAUCGACUGGGAAGGAGGAAGACCAUGGCGUUGUGUUUCUUCAUCUUCUCUAUGUGCAUCAUUCCACUCUACGGUUGUGUUGGGAGGGUUUCCAUGACAGUGUUGAUAUUCAUUGCCAGAGCUUUCAUCGCGGGAGGAUUUCAGGCUGCCUAUGUGUACACUCCAGAGGUGUACCCGACAGCGACCAGGGCUUUAGGUCUGGGAACAAGCAGUGGAAUGGCCAGAGUUGGAGCCCUCAUUACUCCUUUUGUUGCACAGGUGAUGUUGGAGUCGUCUGUGUAUCUGGCUCUGUCCGUGUACUGCUGCUGCUGCCUCCUAGCUGCCAUCGCCUCCUGUGCCCUGCCAAUUGAGACAACAGGCCGGGGCCUGCAGGAGUCCAGCCACCGCGAGUGGGGCCAGGAGAUGGUGGGCCGGGACUCCUCCCACAACUCAGAGAGAAUCCCUCAGUCCAGCCCUGUCUCCCAGGGCUGAGGAGACGGCGGAGGGAGAACGACUGAGAGAGGCGACCACUGUGAGAUAAAAUAGGCAAGGAGAGGCGGAAAAAAAAAGCUCAACCAGCUUUCGGUGUCCAUCUCCAGUCCCAUCCUAUGACUCUUCAGUUUAGGCACCACAGUGGCUUCAGAGAGCCAGGCAGCACAAUAUUAUAUAUUAUUAUUAUAUAGUCUUCAACCACCAUUGCUGUCACAAUUUCGCCACUGAAUAACUGCGCACAGAGUGACUGCGAAAGACCAACUGACCUACACGAGUGCAAUAUCGACAAUAUUAUUGGUGGAACGAUGUGUGAAACAUCCUUGAACAAGUGAGAAUUCAAAUACUUCAAGCAAAGUAUUUGAUUCCCGAAUAAAGAAGGUAAACAUGUUAGAAGUUAGCUUCAAAUAACUAAUUCAAGGAGCCUUAAAAACUACCUAUUCUGUUUGCGUUUGAGAAACGAUUCUCAACCUUAUGAAAAAGCUGCGUCUACUAGCAUAACGGACAUAAAUGCGUAGAUAAGACAAAGCAUUAUCUUGUGCACACAAAUUGCCUGUUAAAAUACACUAAUUGCAAACUCAGCUUUCUAAAAAAAAGUGCAUUGCUGGAAUGAAGAACAGUUCAUCGAAUCAACAGACCAUUAGAUUACAUAAGGUCUGUGGUUUUUCCAUUUAGGAUUCACAAGGCAGUGAAAUGACAGACUGCACAGUGAGUCACUGACUUCCUCGUAUACUGUAAGCAUCCCUUUGAAAUCCUGUGUCUGUUCUUUCUUCUUGUGUCAGUAUUAU